AUGUCUUCCUUCGAGCCGGUUGUGAGUACCACCCUCAGUCCCCCCUCCGAUGCAUCGUGUUUUUCGGGUCGAUCAGAACUGGGAAUCGAGAGUCUACUUGGUCAAGAGCUGGGAACGAUGGUCUACGGGGUGUCGGCGACGUCGGACAGGGAAGCAAUUGGGGAUUCAAUGUCGACAUUGUUUUGGGAUUCGAGCAUGCACGACAACAAUGGAAUUGGGACUGGGGCUAACCUUCCAUCUUUCACACAGGUUGUCAUCGACGCCAAGGGUCACCUCCUUGGCCGUCUUGCCAGCAUCGUCGCCAAGCAGCUCCUCAACGGCCAGAAGAUCGUUGUUGUCCGCUGCGAGGCCCUCAACAUCUCCGGAGAGUUCUUCCGCGCUAAGCUCAAGUACCACGCGUACCUCCGCAAGAUCACCCGCUACAACCCCACUCGCGGCGGUCCCUUCCACUUCCGCGCUCCCUCUCGUAUCUUCUACAAGACCGUCCGUGGCAUGAUCCCCCACAAGACCGCCCGUGGUGCCGCCGCCCUUGAGCGCCUCAAGGUCUUCGAGGGUGUCCCCCCUCCCUACGACAAGGCCAAGAAGAUGGUCGUCCCUCAGGCCCUCCGUGUCCUGAGACUGCAGCCCGGCCGCAAGUACUGCACCGUUGGCCGUCUCAGCCACGAGGUUGGCUGGAAGUACCAGGAUGUUGUUGCCAGGCUGGAGGAGCGGAGAAAAGCGAAGGGUGCUGCCUACUACGAGCGCAAGAAGCUGGCCGCGCGACAACUGUCCGAGGCCAAGAAGAACGCCAAGGUCGACCAGAAGACGGCAAAGGCUCUCGAGUCUCUCGGCUACUAA